UCCACAACUACUUCUGCAGUCCCCACCACUUCCACGACUACUUCCCCCGUUCUGAUCAUCUCGACAACUACUUCUGCAGUUCCUACAACUUCCACGGCUACGUCUGCUGUUCCCACCACCUCCACGACUAUUGCUCCAGUUACCAUCAUCUCAACGACUACUUCUGCAGUCCCUAGCACUUCCAAGACUACUUCUCCAAUUCCCAUCAUCUCCACAACUACGUCUGCUGUCCCCACCACUUCCACGACUACUUCUCCAGUUCCCAUCAUCUCCACAACUACGUCUACUGUCCCCACCACAUCGACAACUACGUCUGCGGUCCCCAACACUUCCACGAGUACAUCUACAGAACCCACCACUUCCACAACUACUUCAACAGUCCCCACCAGUUUCACAACUACGUCUGCUGUCCCCACCACUUCCACGACUAAAUCUGCAGUCCCUACCACUUCCACGACUACGUCUGCUGUUCCCACCACUUCCACGACUACUUCUCCAGUUCCCAUCAUCUCAGCGACUACUUCUGCAGUCCCCACCACUUCCACGACUACUUCUGCAGUUCCCAUCAUCUCUACGACUCCUUCUGAAGUCCCGUCCACUUCCACAACUACUUCUGCAGUCCCUACCACUUCAGCGACUACGUCUGCUGUUCCCACCACUUCCACAACUACUUCUGCAGUCCCCACCACUUCCACGAGUACAUCGACAGAACCCACCACUUCCACAACUACUUCAACAGUCCCCACCACUUUCACAACUACGUCUGCUGUCCCCACCACUUCCACGACUAAAUCUGCAGUCCCUACCACUUCCACGACUAUGUCUGCUGUUCCCACCACUUCCACGAGUACUGCUCCAGUUCCCAUCAUCUCAACAACUACUUCUGCAGUCCCCAGCACUUCCACGACUACUUCUCCAGUUUCCAUCAUCUCCACAACUACGUCUGCAGUUACUUCUCCAGUUCCCAUCAUCUCCACGAGUACAUCUACAGUCCCCACCACUUGCACAACUACCUCUACAGUCCCCACCACUUCCACAACUACGUCUGCAGUCCCCACCACUUCCUUGACUACUUCCCCCGUUUCGACCAUCUCGACAACUACUUCUGCAGUCCCUACCUCUUCCACGACUACGUCAGCUGUUUCCACCACUUCCACGACUACUUCUCCAGUUCCCAUCAUCUCAAUGAGUACAUCUACAGUCCCCACCACUUCCACAACUACGUCUGCUGUCUCCACCACCUCGACGACUAAAUCUGCAGUCCCCAACACUUCAAUGACUACUUCUCCAAUUCCCAUCAUCUCCACAACUACGUCUGCUGUCCCCACCAUUUCCACAACUACUUCUCCGGUUCCCAUCAUCUCCAUGAGUACAUCUACAGUCCCCACCACUUCCACAACUACGUCUGCUGUCUCCAUCACCUCGACGACUAAAUCUGCAGUCCCCAACACUUCAAUGACUACUUCUCCAAUUCCCAUCAUCUCCACAACUACGUCUGCGGUCCCCAACACUUCCACGACUACUUCCCCCAUUCUGAUCAUCUCGACAACUACUUCUGCAGUCCCUACAACUUCCACGACUACGUCUGCUGUUCCCACCACCUCCACGACUAUUGCUCCAGUUACCAUCAUCUCAACGACUACUUCUGCAGUCCCUAGCACUUCCAAGACUACUUCUCCAAUUCCCAUCAUCUCCACAACUACGUCUGCUGUCCCCACCACUUCCCCGACUACUUCUCCAGUUCCCAUCAUCUCCACAACUACGUCUGCUGUCCCCACCACAUCGACAACUACGUCUGCGGUCCCCAACACUUCCACGAGUACAUCUACAGAACCCACCACUUCCACAACUACUUCAACAGUCCCCACCACUUUCACAACUACGUCUGCUGUUCCCACCACUUCCACGACUAAAUCUGCAGUCCCUACCACUUCCACGACUACGUCUGCUGUUCCCACCACUUCCACGACUACUUCUCCAGUUCCCAUCAUCUCAGCGACUACUUCUGCAGUCCCCACCACUUCCACGACUACUCCUGCAGUUCCCAUCAUCUCUACGACUCCUUCUGAAGUCCCGUCCACUUCCACAACUACUUCUGCAGUCCCUACCACUUCAGCGACUACGUCUGCUGUUCCCACC